UAAGGCGCUCCGACCAAGGCAAAGUACGAAGAUUAAUAAAAGUGAGUUUUGGCGGACUGACUCACGGUUUCCCUCGGAAAAUAAAUGUUAUAAAACGGACGAAACCCUUGUUCUUUCUCAUUUUUCUUUUUCUUUUUUCUUCGGUCAUUUCUCUCUUCCUCAACUUUCACCUCCACGCAGCCUCCUCCUUUCACCGGGGUCGUACUUCACUCAGAUGGAACCUGAACAGCAUAGAUGGAUGUAUAAUAGAAAUUAUCCUAAUCAUGGAGGAUUGGAUGAAGAAUUUGUACAAGGGGUAGCUAAGUUUACUGACUAUGCCACAUCGCUUUCUCAAUUUGGUGAUGAAGGCACGAUUAGGUGUCCUUGUGGAAAUUGCAAGUGUAGAAAGUUGUUGAAACCGGAGAUUGUUAAAUUUCAUCUUUAUAAAGAGGGGUUCAAAGAAAAAUACCAUUUGCGGACUGCUCAUGAAGAGUUCGAGCCAAGUGUCAAUGCGCAUUUUCAAAAUUUUAGUGAUAGUAAGGUCAUUCAGUGGAAGAUCUCCCAGGCAAAGGCUGCCCGAGCAUCUAAAAAGGACAGCUCGUUGCACACCGAGGGUUUAGUCACUAUGAGGACCAGGAGGAGAUUGGUGUACAAGAGAUAUGGGUCUAGUGAUGAGGUCUUUCCUGAGACCCAGGCAAAGAAAAAGAAGGAUGGAAAAAAGGUUUGGGUUGAAUCACAGGCUGAGCAAACAUAUAAUGAGUAUAAACAAAGCUUGGAGAAGUACGCUCGGAGUCAGUCGAUCAACGAGCAAGAUGGGCAGCGUUCAUUUAACCGUCAGUCGCCCAGAUUUUCUGGUGCUUCUUCUUCUUCACAGUCCUCUGUGAAUCAGGAUAAGUCGGAGGAUGAGUUGGAGGCAACACGGAGGAAGUUGGAGACAAUGCAAAGACAAUUAGAGAUGACACAGAGGCUGUUGGAGUUAAGUCAAAGGUCUCUGCAAGAGAAGAAUGACGAUUACAAGCGCAUUGACAAAGAUAUUAAACGGCUCAAGGCUCAGGUUAAGUGGAUGGUGAAGUCUGUCAAGAAUAAUAAUAUUCGUUUGCCCCUUUCUCCACAGACCGACUUUGAUAACACUGAACGGGCAAAUGAUGCUGCCCCUGGUGAUAAUGAUGUCUAGUUUCAUGUCCUUGUGAUUCUCCAAACAUCUAUUACUAGUUUGAUGUAAUUUGGAUGUUAAUACUUUAUUGUAGCUUCAGUAGUUUGAAUUGUAUUUGGAUGUUGUGGUUGAAACUUUAACAUUUAUGUUUAAAGCUUUU